AUGCUGGCCAAAGCCCGAGCCAGCGUGAUUCACAGUAAACUAGUGCCUCUCAUUCAUAAGAGAUGUGCAAGCGGAUCUGUGAUGAUCCUCGAAGACAAUGCUAUUGCAAAGCACGGCAAAUCUGCCAAACUUCGCAAAGCGCGCCUGUCCGGAGGCAUCUACGUUGUGACACAGGAGUAUUCGACCCUCCUAGAGCAGCUGAAAAGUGGAAAGAUUGGAUCCACUGAAGAUGUCGAUGAACAAACGGGGCAGGAAGUUCCGGAUGGGGUACAAACGCAACAAAUGCAACAAAUUUUUGAACAAAAACCACAAAACUCAGAACAAGACUUGCGACGAGCAUUUUGGGCUGGAGCACGGGAAGUUGCUCGGAAGAGAAUCAAGAACAAAGAGCCUGACCUCUCCGCAGCGGAAGUCCGUGUAGCCAAAUUGCAUGAGAGUCUAUGGGUAGAAGAACUGCGCAUGACUCUGGAGCUUCAAGGUUUGAGAUCCCGUGUGGAUGAGAUCAAACCUCGUGGAAAUGGAUUAUUCACACUUGACAUAAGUGAAAUGUACGACGAGUUCUCUCAUUCCCUCGGUCAAUUUUUGCAAAGAGGUGUCCAGGUUCAGAUCAGCAAUGAUCAAGAUACUUGUUUAGCCUUUGUCCAACCAGGAAGUGAUUCUGGAAAGCUUUUGGUGUCUUCAGAAAGCUUAGAAGAUAUGCGAGGCCCAUACGAAAUUGAGUUCCUGCCAAAUCGAUUUCCACAGUGGGCCAUGCACAGGGCACUUGACUGUGAGCGAGUCAAAAAAGUCUUAAGCGAGGUGCAGCGAAGCGAAGAAGAUGCAGAGAAAGAUGCUGGACGAAGGGACGGCAGUGGGCAAUUGGGCAGUACUGAAAACACUGAACUCAAGGAGCACACAGAACCCACUGUCUGUUCAGCCCGCGUAGAUUCAAACAAACAGAUAGAAGUUGUACUGCCACCAUCGUUGAACUCAGUGCAACGCAGAGCUCUUUCAGCAGCAAUCGGAAGAGCUGGCAAUCCUUUCCCCCUGCUGGUUUGGGGACCCCCAGGCACCGGGAAGACUACGCUUGCAGCAUUUUUGGUGUGGCAUCUGGUACAGGCAAACUUAAAGUUUCAACUGCUUGUGACCGCGCCUUCAAACACCGGAGCAGACGUACUGUGCGCAAAACUGGCGAAGCUGGGGCUUGACGAGAGUCGCAUGCUCCGCUUGAAUGCUCUUGGAAGGAAUGUGAAGACGGUACCAGAAGAAAUCCAGCGCUAUGGGAGUACAACACAAAGAGAUGGCCGAUCCGUUUUCCAAAUACCUCAGCUUUCAAAAUUGCGUUCCUUCAGGGUGGUUGUGACCACCUGCAUUUGUGCUUCCCACAUUGCAAACACAGCUAGAAAGGAAGGGGCUUCUGGCUGGUUUUCUCACGUCAUUGUUGAUGAAGCCGGAGAAGCUACUGAACCAGAGACAUUGGUUCCAAUGCAACUCUUAUCUCCUUCUGCCCACACUCAGAUCAUUCUGUUUGGAGACCAUUUUCAGUUGGGUCCACUGGUUAUUUCUUCCUUGGCCCGACGGAUUGCAAAGCUGAACGAGUCCAUGAUUGAGCGAUUGGUGAACCUUCGUUUUCAGGCUGCAAAGGCAAAAGGAUGGAGCGACGAGGAUGGGCACCGUCAAGACCGUCAAGACCGUCAAGGCUUGACCCGCGAUACGUUGACGAUUUGUGAAAGCAAAGGUUUAUUUUUUCUCACCGAAUCCUUCCGUUCUCACCCUGACAUCAUGGAGAUCUACUCGAAGGUGUUCUAUGCUGGCCAACUAGAACACCGUGACAGGGAGAUCCAGCACAGGCUGAUGCCGUUCUUUCAUUCGCUUGGCAGCGACAAUCCAGUGGUUUUGCACAAUGUGGUAGGCGCAGAGCGUUGCGAUGCGAACUCUGCUUCUCUCUACAAUCUUGAAGAGAUACGAGUCAUCCAGCGCUAUGUGCAAGAUCUUCUGGAUGCUCGAGGCGAAGAUUCUGAGCCGCUCCUCUCGCCCAAAGACAUUGGCAUCAUUACUCCUUAUGCACGGCAGGUGCAGCUGCUCAAAGAUCAGAUUUGCGCUGUGAGUUUCCAGUUCUCUGAAAUUGACGUGGGGACCGUGGAGCACUUUCAGGGUCAGGAGCGUCGAGUCAUUAUUUUUUCGACAGUGCGAAGCAGUCAGCAUGCAAAGGAGAGAGAAGAAGGUGUGCGGCGUCCUAUCGGAUUCCUGUCUGACCGAACCCGCAUAAACGUGGCUGUGUCUCGGGCAGUCGCUGGCCUUGUUAUUGUUGGAGACUUCGAGCAUUUGAGCCGGUACAGCAGUGAAUGGAAGGAGAUUUUCAGCCUGGGAAAGGACAGAGGCUUCUUACGAGGUGAGCCUAUCAUGGAAACGCAGAUGCAGGUGCCUCCGGAAGCUGUUGUUGCAGCUGUUUCUCCUGCAGAGGCGUUGAAGGCCUGGGACUCUUUGACUGCGUGA